GGUUCGUUUUUUUAUUUCUUCAUCUCCUCCUCUCCCUUUCUCGCUCUGCAUGACUGCAUGUCGGUUCCCUUAUUUAGCUACCCACAUUCCUUCCCGCUUUACUCUCUCUCUCUCUCUCUCUCGUCUUCCUGCCAACCGUUACAGCUUAAAGAUCAUAAGCCUUCUAUCUCUCUUUCUCUCUGGUUUUAGAGGUUGACAAUAAGGUUCCCUGUUCUGUUCUGUUUGAUCACUGCUUCACUCAGUCAAGAUCUGAUCCAUUUCCUUAUAUCCCAGCAUCUCUCUCUGUCUCUGUUGCUCCAAUUUACUAUACUUAUGCCCCGGGGGUCUCAGAUCUCUUCCUUAAAUGCAAUAGUUCCUUUAACUGGAAUUGUAUUAGAUCUUUUGUCUUUCUUACUCUCUCUGAGUCGCACUUCACUCUCUCUUGUUUCUUCUUGAUAAUGGUUGGAGAGGGUAUCUUUGUAGCUUAAAUAGUGUGUACGUAGAUCAAGUGAUCAACUCUACUUUGACGGGUCGACCCUCCUUUCUGGGUUUAUUUUAGAUCUUCAAAAGUGGUAAUAGAGAUGAUGGAUCUGAGUGAAAAGGCACAGGGAUCGGGGUCUGAAGACAUUAAUACUUCAUUGGAAGAAAGCCAGGCGAACGAACUCAAGAAGAGCUGCACAGAUUGCCGAACGACAAAAACCCCUUUGUGGAGGGGCGGUCCGGCUGGGCCUAAGUCGCUCUGUAAUGCUUGCGGGAUCAGAUACAGGAAGAAGAGGAGGGCUAUCCUGGGUCUGAACAAGGGAGGAUCGGACAAGGAGAAGAAAGAGAGCAAGAGUAGUGGCAGCAGGAAUAACAAGCUGGGCGUAUCGUUGAAGCAGCUGAAUUUGCUGGCUUUGGGAAGAGAGGUUCUAUUACAGAGAUCGAUGAUAGCGAAGCAGAGGAAGUUGGGAGAAGAAGAGCAAGCGGCCGUACUGUUGAUGGCUCUCUCCUGUGGUUCUGUGUAUGCCUAAAACAGAAAACUAGUGGGAGAAAGAGCCCUAACCACAGCACCUUCCAUUUUCUUUCUCACUCUACUUCUCUUUGCUUUUAUUUUAACCCUUCUACCUUUUAUUGUUAUUUGUUUUUCUUUUCAUUUUUGUUUUGUGACGAGAAGAUUAGAAUCUGAAUUUUGAAGAAGAGAUCAGAUAGAAUGGAGCUGAAGAUUGAAGAGAAUGGAUGGAGCAAAUCCAUGUUUCGCUAAUAUAAUAUUAUUGAGUUGUUUUUUCCCCUUUUUUUUGUGUUGAUGGAGGAUUAGGAUAGAGAAAGAGAGAGAGAUCAAUCAGAAAAUUUCUGAAAUUUAGUGUAUAAUGAUAAUGUUGAGAUACUAUGGGGAAUAUAUAUUUUUCAUGCUUU